CCCUCAAAUCUCACCCUCCCAAAUCCAAACAUGCUCGGGAAAAAACUUGGUUCAAUGGGAAAACGAAGCAAGAAGGCAAAGGCCAAGGCCAAGGCAUCACUAGCCAAUGCCAGCCCUGAGGACUCGCAUUACGAAUGCCUGCUCAGGGCAGGUGAGUGUGACCGCGAAGGGUCGCACUCACCUACCACGACCACACCCACUGGGACGUUCGUGGUGUACGUGGGGGGCGAGCGACAGAGGUUCGUGGUGCCAACGAGCCACCUGUCGCACCCGCUGAUGCGGAUCCUCCUGGAGAAGGCCCAGAGCGAGUUCGGGUUCAACCAGAGGAACGGGCUGGUGGUGCCGUGCAGCGUAAAUGCGUUUCGAGAAGUGAUCAAUGCGGUCGAGUGCUGCAACGGCAGGUUCGAUUUUGGGGACCUGGUGCAUGAGUUUCUUUAGUGCUAUUGUUAGAUCAAAUACUGGAACCAUUUCGAUGUCGUUUAAUGAUGUCUUGUUUUCAGCCAUUUUGUAAUCUAGUUUAGUUCUGUCGGAAUUAGAAAAUUCGACGUCUAAUUAGAGAUUCCCAACACUACAAAUUCAGUCUCUCUCUCUAUA